AUGACUAUUGAUGAUAGUACUAUCGAUAUUCAUCUUACAAAACUUGUUGUUGAUCGUCGACAUUGUUCAAAAGAUUGGAAUGAACAAUCAGUAGCUAUUCGAGCUAAAGUUCGACAAGCUCUUCUAGAUAUGCUCGAACAUGAUGAAAUCAAACGAUUACUUGGCUCUUCAUGUACGAAGAUUCUUUCUUCUUCUAUUUUAAUGAAUUAUUUUCUUCGUAUAUUUGGAUUAUUUUUGUUGUCUUAA